AUGAGUACAUUAGCAGCAGCAAGAGCAGAUAAUUUUUACUUUGGACCUAAUUAUGAUCCAAAUGGAGUAAUGCUUAAAAUAUAAUAUAGGGUAGUCUGAAAUAUUAGAGGAAAAUGAAACUUUAAAAAAAACGAAAGCCAUCUAGAUUAGAUUAAUAUAAAAUAAAAAGUGGUCCUAAAAUCAGAUUUGAAACUCCAUUUCAUGUUAAAUGCUUAAAAUGUGGUCAUAUGAUAGCAAAAGGUGUAAGAUUUAAUGCUGUAAAAAGAGAAGGUAAGAUGAAAUUUUUAUGAUUUUCUUAGUGGGUUAAUUUCAUAGUACAACAAUAUUGUAAUUUUCAAUGCUUUGUCCAUCUUGUAAAAAUACUAUUGUUUGUAAGACCGAUCCUGAAAAUUGUGAUUAUAAUUAUACUGAAGGAGCAGUGAAAUGGGUAGAGGAUGAUUGUUUAUAUGAGUUUAGUUAAGUACAGAGAAGGCAACAGAUAUGGAAUUCAUUCCUGAUCCUGAGUAGAAAAUUAAAGAGUAAUCAAAUCCAAUGUAUAAAUUGGAGGUUAAUGUUGAAAAAGUUAAAAAAAAUAAUUUGGCUCCAGUAUUAGAAGACUUAUAAAAAUAUCGAAAGGUAUAGAAUAAUUUAGAGAUGAAAGGAAAAUUGGAAGGAUGAUUUUUAAAUGAAUUUAAUGUUAAGAAAGAAGUUUAGAGAAGAAAAAUAACAAUAUAAAUAAAUAGAAGAAGAAAAAAAUAGAGUUAAAAAUUUUGGGUUACCUAUGGAAGAAUUAACAAAGUCUGAAAUUGUAAAUAUGAGCCUAUAAAUAUUAUUUAGAGAGAGAUUAAGGAUAUUAAAUUUAAUGAAUCUAACAAUAGAAAAUAAUAAAGGGAAAAAAGAUAAGAAAUCAUGAAUUAAAGUAUUCUAUCUAGUGGUAGGAUGAAUUAAUAAUAACAAAAAUAAUUGGAGAUAUUGAAUAAGAAAUUCAGUCAAAUGCCUGCUGCAACUAGAAAAAUAUUCAAAUAGUAAUAUAUAGCAAAGAAAAACAAUAUCAAAUUUUGAAGAUUUUAUAAUUUUAUUUUUAUUUAUUUAAUAAGAUGAAUAAGAGUCAACACAGUUCUACACAUAAAGUUUUAGGUCCACCUUAGAUAAUUAUGUUUGAUGGAGAAGAAUCUAGAUUUUAAAAAAGAAUUUUUAGAGGUUUCAAGUUCUGUAUUAUUAAGAGCAUUCAACUGAUAAAAUAAAAUUUUGUUGGGAACAAUCACCUAUUCAUAAAACGAAUGAUUUUAAUUUUCAAAAAAUCAAUUACGUUAAUCAAUAAGAUAUGGAUGUUCAUGUUCGUAAUAGUUAUCAGUUACCAUAAAUAUAUAAACGUAAAAAUCAAUUAAAUAAUGAAUGCUUUGUUUUAUCUCCCUAAUUGACUGUUGGUUUAUUAAUAAUAUAUAUAUAUUUUAGAAUAAGAAUAAAAAUUUGGGAAAUAUGCUAAACGAUACACUUAGGAUUCAGAUAUAUUUUCACUUAAAAUUCCAAUAGAAAAAUAAUACUCUCAACAUUCAUCUGCAUAUGGACAAUUUUAUUUCUAACCAGAAUUUAAACUAACUAAAACUAAACCUGUUUUUAAAUAUCAUACUGCUAAAAGUCAAAUUCUUGGCAAUUCUAGAUUGUAAUACAUUAAAUUAAGGUAAGAAAUGGAUUGA